GCGCUCAUUCAAGGCUCUUUGCCGAGCCACGAAACUGAUGUUGGCGCAUCGGUAACCCCACUUGGGUUGUCUGAUGUCAAAGGCUCCUUGCAGAUCCAACAUCGGACCCACUGGGGCACAGGUGACCUCCUCGGUUGCGAUGAAGUUCUGGAUCCCCAACCCGAUCAUAAGAAAGCAAAAGAUUGGGAAGAAAAACGUUCGCGUAGGCAAAUACAUAUCCACCAAGGGAAUGUAGGAAAUGUAAUCGGGAAUAUAGACGGCACUAUCAAUGCCAGAACUUUCGUUGCUACAUCAAAAAGGGGUUCGAAUCGUGAAAAGAACAAGGAUGAAGUCACAAAACGGUCUAAAAUCGAAUCACAAGAUCUACCUAUUGAGGCUGACUCCGAAGAAAGCAUUAAGGAUGAACCUAAGGAUAAAUAUAAUACUCCACCACCACUUUUCUGA